CACACACACACACACACACACACACACACACACACACACACACACACACACACACACACACAAAUAUUGGAAAUGAGCUCAUAUUGAGUUUUCAUGAUGUUGUUUUAGGAAUUCUUGUGUGAUCCUUUUGUGCUUCCAUAAAGUAUACAUAGAUUUUUAUACAGUAAAUACAUGUUUCUACUGUUAUUUACAUGGAAAAGUCUCUAAAACACUGUUGAUCUUUGAAACUCUGCACUAAAACAUAUAUUUUGGAUUUUCCCUUUGUAACAGAUAAAACAACACAACCCUGGCAACAGCAGAUUUUUGAAAAACAGCCAGUUGUGCAACUGAGCAUAGUAGCAAAGGACAGCAAACAUGCAAAAGUACUUCCCUUCCUCAUGUAAAUCUGGAUUCUGCAAAAAAAAAAGAAAAAAAAAGGGGACAUCCCACUGCUAGGUAAAUGUAACAGUGACGCAAAUUGCACAAAUAGCUCCAGAUAAAAGUGCUGCAAGCAGAAAGCUUGACAGAUGGGAUCAUUAUUUUAUCAAGAAAAAGGAGAUUUCUUGGAUUUCUUCAAGCGGCUUGAGGAUGUGGACGUUGGGCCUUCAGGUAGUGGCCUUCUGUGUUCUCCUACAGAUGUCAAGCUGUUCAUUGUGCCUCAUAAAGGGCUCAGUAGCCAUCUGUACCAUGAAGAACCUACGCUGGGUUCCUCCUCUCCCUCCUCACAUCACACACCUGCAACUGCAGAUGAACUGCAUCAGGGAGAUCAAUGCUACCUCCCUGUCAGGCCUGGAGGAGCUGCAGGAGCUGGACCUUGGACAACAGCUUGUGCCGCUCAUCAUUAGGAACAAUGCCUUCAGCAGACAAAGAUGUCUGAGGAGGCUGCUGCUCGGCUUCAACCUUGGACUUCAACUAGAACCGCAGGCCUUUGAGGGAUUGUCCAGUUUACAGAAUCUCCACUUGGAUUACUGCUCACUCACAGAAUCUAUACUGAAGGACAAUUACCUUGAGCAACUUUCAUCCCUGCAAACUCUUGACCUGUUUGGUAACAAGAUAAAUAGACUCCAGCCUUCACUGUUCUUUGCAAACAUGACUAAUUUGAAUGAACUGAAUCUCAAACUGAAUCAAAUCGACCAAAUUUGUGAGUCAGAUCUUGUUGGUUUCCAGGGAAAGCACUUUACAAUCCUGAACUUGAACUCUAUCGGCCUUAAAGCGAUGUCUAAUGACAGCUUCGACUGGCAGAAAUGUGGGAAUCCUUUCAGAGGAAUGUCUUUUCAGACACUCAAUACCUAGACUAUAACGGAGGAACAAUCAAGUAGGGUGUGUAAUGAUUUAUAUGUUGUCGAAUAAAAUAAUGCAUUUGCGUUUCAUUCUGUUUGAUCUGAAUUUGUAAAAAUGCCUGAUUAUGCUACUGGAAAAAAAAACUUUUUCAGGUAAUGUAAUAAAAUCCUAUUUUCAUUU